ACGUUUAAUCGAUUUUUGAGUUAUUUUUCAUAUUCAUUUGAGUGUGUACAGCUUUUAAUUACAUUGUUGCGUCAUGAUAUCAUCAUGAGUUGUUGAAUUACGUUUCUGAACAUCUGAAAAUUGCAUAAAAUUGUUGAAAAGUGAAGAGUUGAAAUGUCGUCGAAUGAACCGAGAAAUGAAUCAUCAACAAAUGGCAAUGGAGCUGGAAGUAGAGCGAGUAACAUUCAAAAGAUACUUGACAGAAAGCAGAAAAUAUUCCAAUUACCAAGAACAUCAAAGAUGGUCAAAAUAAGCACAUAUUCGACUUGUGAAGAAAAAGAUUGUCGUUGUGGUGGAUUCAAACUAAAUGAAGAACAAAGGAAACGAGAUGAAUCUAAUUACAGCCCACAAAAUAAAGAUCUUUGUAAUAAUCAAAAUUGUGGCCAUCCUUUCUUAAAACAUGUUUGUCAUUUAAAUGAUUUAACCGAUGAGCAGCUCAAUAAACUGCUCAAUAAUAUUGUUGACAUGGAAAAUCUUUACAUUAGCAUUUCACGACAAGACGACAUGGACAUUAAGAAGGUCUACAUUUAUUUAUCUAAACUCCUUCGUCAUUGUAUUCUCACAAAGAGUCAAACGACAGUCAUCGUUCAAGGGCCAGUUGGAGAUCCGCCAUUUGAGACUCCCGACAUUCAAAAAAUUGUCUCAAACUUUGUGUUCUUAAAAUAUGGACAUUUGAGGGAGUCGUCGAAGCUUGACUUUCAAAUUUACACUGAGCUAGCUAAAAAUCUUCUUCAUUGCAUUAAUUGUUGGGAUUUUGAAGCACCGAGAGAUCGUAAAGAGCCGAUGACAAUAGAAGAAGCUUCGUCGUAUAAAAUCAACUACACAAGAUGGCUCAUCUUUUGUUGGGUACCUGCAUUCUGUUCAAGUCUACGUCAAUUCAAAACAUCAAACAUAUUUGGAAGAACUUUUUUAAAAGCAAUUUAUAAUUUUGUGUCUAAUUUAAUGUUAUCGAAAUAUAACACGGACAAAGACCGUGAGAGACUUCCAGCCGAGAAGCUUAUUGUGUUCGAAUCGUUACCAAAAUUCCUCGAUGACUUUCGUGAUGAGAUUGCAAAUGAUAAUUCAGCUAUUUUUGAUGUCACUUUCAAACCGAUUUUUCCGUCACCGUCCACAUCAACUUCAAUCAAAAGAGAAGUUGAAAUAAACUCAGAACAGAAACCUUGCUUUAAGAGACUUAAGAAGGAAAUUGUCAGUGAAGAUCUUCCUGACCAUACAGUUGCGAAAGUUUUGACGAGAAUCAAUGAAGACGACUACAAAGCACAAAUGGAAGUUCUUAACACUGUCACAAUGGCAGCACGUGACGAGGCUGCAAAGGCUGAAGAGAAACGAAAUGAAAUUUCAUUUCACAUCAUAGGAAAUUCUUUAGUGAAGCCAGUAUCAAAGCAAUCAAUGCUAUGGUUGCUUGGAUUACAAAAUGUGUUUGCUCAUCAAUUGCCAGGGAUGCCGAAAGAGUACAUCACACAAUUGGUGUUCGAUGGGAAGCAUAAAACUUUAGCAUUAGUCAAAGAUGGACGACCAAUUGGUGGCAUUUGUUUCAGAUCUUUCCCAUCUCAAGGUUUCAUUGAAAUUGUCUUCUGUGCUGUCACAAGUAAUCAACAAGUGAAAGGCUAUGGAACACAUUUAAUGAAUCAUCUUAAAGAUUACAGCAAUCAACAUGAAAUUCGAAAUUUUCUCACAUUCGCUGAUGAAUUUGCUAUCGGAUACUUCAAGAAGCAAGGAUUCUCGAAAGAUAUUAAAAUUGCACGAAAUAUUUAUUCGGGCUUCAUUAAAGAAUAUGAAGGAGCAACAUUAAUGCACUGUGAACUUCAUCCAAUGAUUAUUUACACACAAUUCAGUAGUGUCAUAAGAAAGCAGAAAGAAAUUGUAAAAGAAUUAAUAAUUCAACGACAGCAGGAAAUGUCAAAAAUUCAUCCUGGUUUGACUUGCUUCAAAGAAGGCAUUCGUACGAUUCCAAUUGAAUCAAUCCCAGGAUUGCGAGAAGUUGGAUGGCGUUCAGUGCCUCGAGCUUUAAGACAGUCACGUUCAAUGGAAGAAAAUGAAGAUUUUGAGAAGCUGGCACUUCAUUUCAGUUCAGUUCUUAAUGCAGUUCGUCAACAUCAAGCAAGUUGGCCUUUUCUACAACCUGUCUCAUCAGCUGAAGUUCCAGAUUAUUAUGAUCACAUCAAAUAUCCUAUGGAUCUUAGAACCAUGAGCGAUAGAUUGAAGAAUAAAUAUUACGUUACUCGCCGUCUUUUUACUGCUGAUAUGGCUCGAAUUUUUUCGAAUUGUCGUGUCUACAACUCCCCUGAAACAGAAUAUUACAAGUGUGCCAAUAAGCUGGAAAUUUUCUUUCAGAAUAAGAUGAGAAAGUUGGGACUCUGGGAUGAGAAGUAAUUGAUUCUUAACAUAACUAAAGCUUUAAUGCAAUAAAGGCGUCUGGAAGAAGCGAAAACUUAGUUAAAGAUAUUAGGAAAAUUAAAACGUGAAUAUAGUUAAAGAUAUGAAGUGCAAAAUGCUUUAAAUUAUUACUCGACAUUUCACACAGAGAAAUAAAAUUUCCUUUAAUUCAAAUAUUUACUUAAAUGUUGUUUCAAUUUUUAAUUUCAUUCAAUAAAACUCACUUGAAUCAUUGUGAACCAA